AUGGAAGGUAAAACAUUUUUGAGAUGGGUUGGACCACACUCCAACAUGGGAUGCUCCCUGUAUCGAGUCGACCCACAACUAGAUGGACUUGGGCCAAUAUCAUUGAGUAACGCCCAGACCCAGCCUGACAUACCCAAUCCAGAAACAAUAUUGAUCCGGUUGGGAACAAGAAAGAAAAAUUCCUCAAAACAGAAAAUUUGA